UACACCUGUCGCUCUGGCUUCAUGCUUUUAGGAAACUCAACCAGAACUUGUCAGGCUAGCGGCCUCUGGACUCCCAAACCUACCUGCCUCAGAAUGUGUCCAAAGGGGCAGAUUGAAGUCAGUGAGAGCGAGCUAGGUGUUACAUGCAACUCUAGCUGCAAGAAUAAGAGCUACUUCGGACCUCCAAAAAAAGGCUGCACUCGAAUAGACAACUGUACGAAAAAGCAGACCGGCUGGAAGCGUUUCUUUGCACAGUGUGUCCCUUGUAUUUGUGACUGUGCUCUGUCAUGUGCAACUGCAGGCUAACACAUGGAGGAAACAACAUGUUGACAGUACGGUGAGCCUUCCAAUGAAGAAGACAGCUUGACAACUACACUUUGUUUUGCUGCUUUCUCCAACUGUGGACAAAUCAGUGCAC